AGUUUGAACAUGGCGCGCGCGGAAAUGUCAACAAAACCCGAAAGCUGAAAGAAGUAGUGGAACUGUUUAAGAAAUACUUUUCGUAAUGCUGGCGAUGAAUAUGCCAAUAAUUAGUGAGUGUUUUGCGGCAAUCUUUGUCAUAUCCCAUGUAGAUUUGUAUCCAGCGAUCAAGAUAGUGGAUUUCAAGCUGCAGCGUUUAGCUAGCUAACGCUAGCUACGUAGCAGCAGCAGCCGCAAGCGCAGCAGCUGACCGACCGACCGACCACCAGAGAGAUAAACAGCAGUAGCCUAUCUUAUGGUGACGUUACAGCAUAUUAGCUUCUUAACAAGUAGCAUAUGGCAGCUCAUUUGAUGGGUAGCUAACUUGGCUGCAAAGGUGCUUCAGUGAUAUUUUACGAACGUCAGAGAGCAGAGGCAUGGAGGAACAUGCACAAGACGGACCGUCUGGUCCCUCCGCAACCGCUGAUGAUGAUGAGGGUAUCCUAUCUAGGAUGGGCCUCAACGACAACAAAGCUGGGAUGGAGGGACUUGACAGGGAGAAAAUUAACAAAAUCAUCCUUGAAACGUCGAAGGGCUCCAAAUUCUACGAGAAUGAGUUGAAAAAAGAGCGUCAGGUAAACCAGCGCAUUGAGAAGAUGAUGGAGCAGAAAGCGAGGAUCACUGAGCAGCAUCUGAAGACAGCACAAGCUCAGGUGGACAAGAUGACUUCUGAACUAGAGAGAAGACGGAAGCUAGGUCGGGUGAUUGUGCAUGUGGACAUGGAUGCCUUCUAUGCAGCUGUGGAGAUGAGGGAUUGCCCAGAGCUGAAGGACAAGCCCAUGGCUGUGGGCUCUAUGAGCAUGCUGUCCACUUCCAACUAUCAUGCCAGGCGGUUUGGUGUGCGGGCAGCUAUGCCAGGCUUCAUUGCUAAAAAGCUCUGUCCACAACUGGUCAUUGUUCCACUGAAUUUUGACAAGUAUCGAGCUGUGAGCACACAGGUGCGUGAGGUUUUUGCGGACUACGACCCAAACUUCCUGCCGAUGAGUCUGGACGAGGCUUACCUGGACAUGACUGACCACUUGGAGCAGAGGCGCAGCUGGCCAGAGUCCAAGAGGACACACUAUACCAGCGCAAGCAAGACUGAAGCUGGUAAGGAUGGAGAGCCCCCCCAGGCUGCCUCAGAAGUGGAGGACCUGUCCCCUGUUCUGUUUGAUGACAGUCUCACUGAGUUUGGACAGGUUCCAGAUCAGCUUGGCAGCGCGGAGGUGUUUGGGACCAGUGCAGAGGAGGCAGUGAGAGAGAUGCGCUUCCGCAUUGAGCAGAAAACAUCUCUGACUGCCAGUGCUGGUAUUGCUCCCAACACAAUGUUAGCUAAGGUUUGCAGUGACAAGAACAAGCCCAAUGGUCAGUACAGAAUCCCUUCAGAUCACCAGGCAGUGAUAGACUUCAUCCAGGACCUCCCUGUCCGCAAGGUCCCAGGGAUUGGCAAAGUGACCGAGAAGAUGCUGGGUGCCCUGGACGUGCACACCUGUUCCCAACUCGGCCAGAGGAUGGCGCUGCUGUCCCUGCUAUUCUCCGAGACAUCCUGGUACCACUUCCUGCAGAUAUCUCUGGGGCUUGGGUCCACGCACAUCGAGAGGGACGGCGAGAGAAAAAGCAUGAGCACUGAGAGGACCUUUGGUGAGAUGAGUGACGUAGAGGAGCAGAUGUCACUGUGUAAGGAGCUCUGUGAAGAUCUGGCUCAGGACCUUCUGAAGGAGGGUCUGAAGGGCAAGACAGUGACUCUGAAGCUGAAGAACGUGAGCUUCGUGGUGAAGCAGCGGGCGUCCACGCUGCAGUGUGCCGUGUCCAGCGCUGAGGAGAUCUUCGCCGCCGCCAAGGAGCUGCUCCGGGUGGAGAUUGACGCCGUCAAACCGGAGCCCCUCAGGCUGAGGCUCAUGGGUGUGCGAGUUUCUGGGUUUGUCGGUUCCGAUGAUAAGCGGGCCCAGCAGAAGAGCAUUAUGGGAUUCCUGCAGUCAGGAGGAGGAGGUGACCUCAGGAAAGUGGGCGAGCCAAAACCCAGAGCGAACCCAGUCCCUGCCCCUGCCCCUGCCCCCUCCAAGGCUCCCUCUGCCACGCCUGGGGCCCCGCGGGCCCUGAGCUGGGGCCGAGGCGGGGAGCCCGGGGCCCCACAGCAGCAGUCCUUCUUCCAGAGGGCCCAAGCCCAGAGGCAGCGCUUGCAGGCAGCGCACGGGCAAGCAACCGAAGAGGUGUCCGAGGGAUCCAGCCGCUCGUUUGGGUCGUACCUGACAACAGAUGACCCGGUGUUCACCUGUACACCAAGUGUGGGCGCCACCACGUCCAGUCACAUAGAGGCCAAAAGGGACCAGGCCACCGCAGUGCAGUCAGCGUUAUCUACUUCAGAUCCUGUGUCCACGUCUGCCACCAGGAGUGCUGCUGGCCGUUCCUCUGCACUCGCCGCCAUCACCGUCUCGGACUCUCCGCCGUGUACGUCAGCCUUGGUUUCCACGUCCACCCGCGCUGCCCAGCAGAGCCUCACCUGCCCCGUGUGCUUCCAGGACAUGCAGACCACUGACCUGGAGGUCUUUAACCGCCACAUAGACGCGUGCCUCAGCACUGGUCAGCCAGAGAGCUGCCUGAUCCGUGAGGAGGACAUGCUAGAUGAAGACAGCCGAGAUUGCCCAGUGCGACUAUAUUCCAAAGAUGCAGACACCACCAACGCCAUUCGUUGUUCCACACCAGACGCUGUCAAUGGGGAGGCUGUUUGGCAUGACGACCAAGAGGGGAACCGCAAAUCCGGCCUCUUAGAGAAGUCCAGUUCCGUUGGCGUCCCCAGCCUGGUCCCGGUACCCGCGGAUGAGUCCUUGGCCAUUCUUGGCGACGCAACCCCCGCCCUGAUGUGCCCAGUGUGCUGCCAGCCGCAGAGCACCCGCGACCUGGCCGUCUUCAACCGCCACGUGGACGUGUGUCUGAACCGCGAAGCGCUGCAGGAGCUGCAAGGAGGAGCCCCAACCACCAUGUCUCAACUCCACGCGCCUCCAACCAGCCAGCCCAGAGGCAGAGGCCAGCCCAUGCAGAGGGCUGCCAACUCCAGGGGAAAGAGCAAGAGAUCGGGAUCUCCACCACCUCCCCCAUCGAAGAAAAGCAAAGCAGCUGCUCCUAGAAACACCAUUGACCGCUUCUUCAGAUGAGACUGUGGCAGGUGCAAUAUGAGGUCCUCAUCUCUGAUAAAUCUAACUGAAGCUGCCUCUAUGAAAGUUGAUUUCUCAGUUGUUACAGCAAUAUGCAGUCUGCUCUCAGAGCCAUAUUUAACCAAUUAUCUGUGUCUGUGUGUCUGUGUCUGUGUCUGUCUGUGUGUGUGUGUGUGUGUGUGUGUCAGAGAGAGAGAGAGAGAGAGAGGAUAUAAAUAUGACAAAGAAAAUGAAGGUUAGACAGCUAUUAACAUUUUCUGUGUAUAAACUCUGAAGUCAGCUUUUGUCUUUGACUGACUUCGGCUGCGUUUGUUUACCUUAGAGGUGGCCUUGUUCCUUAGUACUGUUUGAAAUGAUGUCAGAGAGCUUGUGCAAUAGCCAGCCUACAGACUAUAAUAUCUGCUCAUUUUAAUCCUCAUCUUCACCCCAGUGAGUUAUGAAGGAGGUUAAUUUAUUUAUGCACCUUUUAAGAAUGUUUUAUCAGGGUAAUUUGAAAAAAUGCUGAAUUCAACAACACCGUAUAAUGUGUAUUACAUUAUUUAUUGCUUAUUUUGCUAGAAAAAUAAAACAUUGA